AUGAUUAAGAAGGGAAGAUUCGUGUUGUUUGAACAGUCAGUAUUUUCUAUUCUUUUUUUAUUGACUGCGGGUUGUCCUUUUCUUGAUUAUGAGUUGUCCUUGUUAAGUAGCUCAAGUCCUAUAGAAGAAACUAUUAUAGAAAGUAUAGGGUCAUCUUAAAGUUUUGCUUUUUGGAGUUUUAGUAUUCCAAUGUGGGAAGUAAAGAAGUACCCUUAGGUUGAAGAAAAGUUGUAUGUUGAUAAUAGAAAUGAAUAGUUGUUAUUUCUAUUGAAAUCACUUGAUGAUGAGAGGGUGAUAAUGUUUAUGCAUCUUGCAUUUUCAGACUUCAUGCCUUUGGUCUCACAUAGACUGUAUAUAGAGGAGGAGAUCGAUAGCAAUAAUGUAUUCGAUUAUUUUUAUUUUUCAUCUGAAUAUGAAGGAAAAUGGUGCCUAACUAUGAUAACAAUAUAAUAGAAAAGUGUGAUUGUGGAAACGAAUGCAAUGUCAACUCAUUUGAUACCUGAUCUAUCUUAAGAAUUGAAUAAUGUAAAAUUCAUAAUAGGAGGAACUGGAAUUGUAAAUUUAUUUAAAUAGCUAUUAGAUCAAUACUUCCCAUCAAUUGGGGAUUUUCAGAGGAAGAUUGUCGAAAUUAAUAUAGUUCACAGACUAUUCAGGAAACAGCUUUCAAUUAAUUAAAGAGAAUUGCGCAAUCCCACGUAAUGUUGUUGGGAAAUAGAUUGUAAAUUUAAUACCAGGGCUAAAGAACUUUUAAGGGGACACGUAGUUAAAUUUUGAAGUGAAUGAAGUGGGAUAGAAGUUUUACAUUUCUGGCUGGAUAAAAUUAGAUCCAUCAGAAGCGAGUUUUAUUACAACAUAUUUGGUUCUUCGAUUAACAACGUUUAAGUUAUAUUCUGAUGAAUUGAGAUUGGGAGAUGAAAUACUGAAAAUCACAGUAGAUUUAGAUCUUGCUGAACCUGCUAAUAGUGGUUAUAAUAUUAUAUCUCAUCAUUAUAAUAUGCCUGUGUAAGGGCCAGUCAAUCCUAAUUUUGUAGGUAGGAAGAGAUUAGAUGAUCCAUUAAGUCCUAAUUUCUAAACCCGAUUGACCAAAUGGCAUUUUAUAGUAUAUCAACAUGGGUUGUCAGAUUUAUUUAAGUCUUAGAUGAAAAUCAAUUUUCAAUAAGGACAAACGUAUGAAUUGAAUGUCAUAUUUUUUGAUGAUUUCAAUGCACAAGGCUUAUUUAUAAAUACAAAAUACUAUAUUAUUUUUGGAGGUGAUUUAACCGUAUUCAGAAAAUUGCGUGGACAAAUGUAAAAUUUUCAAUUCUGUUACAAUUAUGAGGUGGAUGAAGAUAUCUAAUUUUGUAUGUUUAUAAUAGUAACUAUAAAGAAUGUCAUCCUACAUGUUUCAAUUGUGUUGGCCCAUUAGCGUCUAAUUGUUUGGGAUGCAAAGAUGGUUUAAAUAGAAGAUGGUCAGAAGACCUACAGACUUGUUUUUGUACCUAUGGUUACAUAGAGAUCGAUGGCACCUGUUAUUCAUUUAAUGAUAUAUAUCCAACACUAUAGUUUGAUGAAAUGCCUAUGGAUUAGACAACUUCCAUUUGUCCAUUCGGUUAUUUCUAUUUAGAAGUCAAUAAGGAAUGCAUAAGAUGGUAAUUUCCUAUUUCUUAUGUAGUCCUCAAACAACUUCCACUGAUUUGUUGUGUGUUGAUUGUUUAUUCGAUCCCAACACUUGGCCUCUAUUUCCAGUUUGUAAAACAGAUUAUGUGACUCAGAAGAUAAGUUUUUCAGAAGAUGCUUAUAGAAAGUAAUAAAGAUCAAGUGUGGAUAACGAUGUGUAUUUUAUUGAUUAGAAUUUCAAUUUACAAUUAAUUGAAGGUGCAUCUGACUAUUGUAAUACAGAUGAUGAAUUGCCGAAUUGCUUUGAAUUUGAAUAAAUGAGACAUCUGUCAAAUAAGGUUUAUCUAAUUUGUAAAGAGAAUCAUUACUUUUCCAAUAAUCAAUGCGUUUAGUUAGAAGUAAACUGUAAACGAACAGAAUACAAGGAACCCAAAUGUUUAGAGUGCAUGUAAGGAUAUUACUUAUUAAAUGAUAAAUGCGAGUAAUGUUCAUUGAGAUGCACAUCCUGUAAUUCACUUAAUUGUUUAUCUUGUCCAUCUGGAUACGAAGCAGUUGGUACUUCAUGUUUGAGUUGUGGUAAUUACUGUUCUACUUGCAUUUCAUAAAUGAAUUUGUAUACUCUUCAGCCUUACAUGAAAUGUUUAAAGUGUGUAGAUGAUUAAAAAUACUUCCAAUCUUUGAAUGGAGUGGAUUGUGUCAAAAACACAAUAACAAAUUGCUUAUAUGCAUUCCAAGUAGCUGCUGAACAUGACAGAUUGACUACUUUGGAUCAUUCAUUUACACCUUACACAGGAUUAAUAAUUACUAAGUGCGCAAAGUGUAAGGAACCUUACUCAUUCGAUGAAUAGACACUACAUUGUGUUAUGAGAUCAUAGAUUUCAUGUUCCUACAAUUAUCGUCUGUCUAGUAGUGGUAAUGAUAUCUGUCUUUUUGGACCUAAAACAUCGGUUAUAGAUCCUGUUUCAUUUACUACUGGAUGCAUUGGACUUAAUCAAAAUUGUUAUACUUGCAUAAAAGGUCAAGUGAAUACAAAAGUAUCGUACUUAUGUUUAAUUUGUAACAAUGGGUAUUAUUCAGAAAAGAUGACUGGACAAUGUCAACCAUGUCCUAUCAAUCUUCAUUGUUUAUCCUGUUAUCAACAGAAUAUGAAAUCCAAAGAUAAUUGGAAAACUGACAUACGACCUUAUUAUAGAUAAGCAAUAGAUGAUAAUUUACAAUCGCAUUCUUUUAUCGAUUAUGGCACAUCGUAAAAUAUAGAAGAUUAUGAAGUUGUCUGUAAAUUUUGUUAAUCAGGUUAUGAACUUUACUAGAAUCUAUGUAUUAAGGCUUGUCCUGACUCUUGUAUACAAUGUAUCAAGAUUAACAAUGAAAAUAUAUGUGUUAAAUGUCCAGAUUUCAUUGAUGGUAGAUUCUUGAGUCUUCAUGAUAAUGAAUGUAUUCAAUGUCCAAUUAGUUGCUCAUUAUGUCGUCAAAGAGAUCAAGAUGAAAUAAUGGCCAUAAAUCCUCUGUUUAAUAAUGCAAAUUUCAAAUAUUCAUCGAAUCAAUGUCUAAAACAAUUCCAUGGUUACUUCGAUUAACAAUUAGGCAUCUUUGUUAAUUGUGAACAUGCUGAAUGCAUAAGGAAAUUAUAAAUCAACUUAAAUUUGUAUUGUUCUAGUUCAGAUUACAAUGAUGCUCUAAAUUAAUUGUUAACAGAAGUUGAAGUCAAAAUAUUCAAAUAAUCUAAUAUCCUAAUCAAUGAUCUGUUUUCUCCAAACAGUUUUUAAUAAGUAUUUAACCACCAUAUCAUAGUUUGAAACAGAUGAAUUCUAUAAAUAAGCAAAUGAAAAAGUCAUCAAAACCAUCCUCAUUAAAAUUGUCAGUAACAAACCUUAAACUUGUACAAUCAAUAACACCAAGAAUGUUAGACAAAUCUUCAGCUAGAAUAUUUUCUCAGCCAUGUAACUAAUAUAUUCUAUUUAGAAAUGUGGAACUUGAGAUUCAUGGCAAUAGUAUUACAACAUUUAAAUUCGAUAAGGUGAUAUCAUUCAUCAAUUUCAAAAGAGUUUAUCUUUCAAAGAUGACAAUGAUUCCAUUUGAAAUCAAUAACUAAAAAUAAUUAAUCUUUGUGAGUUCUUUCACUUAACAAAUCUAGUUGAGUGAUCUAAUAUAUACUGGAGAUGCAUCUAAUCAGAAACAAUAAAUCAUUAUCAAGAAUUCAAAUGAUGUAGUAAUUGAAAAUCUUAAAUUAUCCAACAUCGAUAUUAAUAAUGUAGAAGCUUUUAUUACAAUUGAUCAAAUACCUUAAAUCUAAAAUGUUAAAAUAUCUAAUAUUGAAUGCAUCUCAAGUUAAGCCUAGAACAUAAUUCUGCUAUUUUUAAAUUUGAAGGAGACUGAUUUUGUAGAGGUAUCCAACGUAAAAAUUGCUUCCAAAUUUACCCAAGUAUCAUUUUUAAAAUAAGUAUCUGGAAAUUUGAUAAUCAAUAACAUCCAAAUUGAAGAUAGUCAAAUAUCAAACACCAAUGGUCUUUUUAAUUUUGAAACAUUGCUUUAGGUUGAAAUCACUCAAUUUUUGAUACUCAAUUCUAUUAUAAUUAAUUCGACUAUCUUGUAUUUGAAUGGAUACUCCUCCUUGAAAAGUGUAGAAUUUAAAAGUAAUGAGUUAUCUAUUGAAUCAAUUGGAAUAACAAAUAAAAAUGUUGAAGUCACAUUGUAUACAUUUUAAGAUGUCUCAUUUAAAUUAAAUAAAUAUGACUAAAGUUCAUCCUUAGUCAAAGUAAAGGAAAGUUUUAGUCCGAAUAAAGUAAUAAGGAUCAGUAAAUUAAGUUUAAUUGCGAACACAUUAACUUCAAUUCCAAGUUUACAAUUUUUGGAACAACAACUAACAACUCUGUUCUAUCUGUAAAUAUAGAAUGUGAGUGUCACUGAUUUAUCAAUAGAAAGAGCCUAUGGCAUAAGAGACAUUACGUUUGCAGAUGUAAUAUACUUAAAUCUAAAUCGAAUCAACAUUCAAUAACACGAACAACAUCUCUUCAAAGGUCUUCAUCAAUAUGUGGAUUGUUUCACAAGAUCCAUUUAAAGUGAGUACUACAUUACUUCACUCUAUCUGUAUGAUGUAUCUUAAAUAGACAUCCGUCAAUUGACAAUAGAUAUGGCUGAGUCCAUCAAUUAUCCAAUCAUUAACAUAUAGAGUUCUAUUGCUGUCUCUUCAACCUCGAAAUCAUUACAUUUAGAAGAAAUCAACUUUACUAAUAAUUUAAUAAUCAUUAUUAACAAGAUGAAAUCAACUUCGCUUUUUCAGAUGAGUUCAGAAUAAGAAUAUCAAAUUACCAUUCUCAAUUCCUUUAUGAAAUAUAACUUAAUGCAUCAAUAUGAACAAAAUGAUCGAAUAUAUUCAGGACUGAUCUUCAAUUUCGAUUGUCCUUACUGUACAAUUAAAAUAACCAAUCUCUUAGUCGAAGAUAAUCUUGUUACAAAUACAACUGAUAAUGUGAUAUCACUUAAAGCCAAGUCCAUCUCAAUUCGAUAAUCAAAGUUCUUUCAGAACUCAAUCUUCUAAUAUUCUAUCAUAUAACCAUAUCUAUUGUGGGGAUUCCAUAAAAAUGAAGAAAUCUUUGUUGAACAAAUAAAGUAAAUAUUCCCAAUCAGAGUUAUCACUGGAAAUAUCAAAUUGAUUGGUUAAAAUAUUAACCUAGAAAAUCUAAACAUUACUAAUUCAUCUGGAUCAGGUCUUUACAUCAAAAUAGAAAGUGUUGCAACUUUGCUCAUAAAGAACACCAUAUUCAAUCAUAUUACUACUCACUUCAUUGAUUCUGAUGAGAAUGGAGGAGCAAUCUAUAUUGAUUCAUCAUAUGCUAUGAGAUCUAAUAUUCUGCUCUCAAAUAUUACUGCAUCCAAUAUUCAUUGUAGAAACUAUGGUGGCUUAUUAUUUUUAUUAAAUGGUGAGAGUUACAUUUAAAUUAACCUAACUAAUCUCAACAUUGCAGACGUAUACGCUCUCAGAGGAUCUAUUGUUUAUAGUGAAUUUUCAUCAACCUUUAAUUCAAUUCAAUCAUUUAAAAUUUCACACUUAGUAAGUGCCAACAACCUACAAAAACAGCUAUUAUACUUUCAAAAAUUUAUAGUUAAUAAACUUGAUUCUGCUGCGAUGCAGACAUUAUCAUUUCAAAGGAGUUUGAUAAAGAUAUCUAAUGCUUAAACAAUAACCAUGGAGUAUCUAUAAAUAUCCGAAUUAAAUUUCGAAUCACUCGGAUUCUUUGAUAACAUCAAAGGCGCUCAGAUAAAAUAGAUAUAAUUAACACAGUGUCAAUUAAUUAAUUCUUUUAUUGUCAUCAAUACAAACUAAGAUAAAUCUCAGAUUUUCAUACAUCAACUAAAAUUACAUAACUCUACUAUUCUGGAUAUUAUCUCCCUAACACCCACUUCAGAAUGUACUAAUUCAGAGUCACAAACUAAAUUAGUAUAAUUUUAAUGCUUGACUGAAUUUUUCUAAAAAUAAUCACCAGUCAAACUGAAUUCUAAUAAUGAAGUGUAGUCUCCAUCAUGUUUAAUUUAGAAGUUAAAAUAACUUGAUAGAAAAUCAAAUGCUAGUCUAAUAUAUCUCAACCUUUAUAAUUCUAGUUUAAGCAUUUCAUAAGUUUCAUUUUAGUAUCUCAAAUGCCCCAAUGGGUUAUUAUUUAUUAACUUUCAGCGCAAGGAAGGAACCCUCUCGAUGAAAAAUGUUAACGUUUAAAACAAUAUCUGUGAAUUAUCAAGUUGCUUAAAAAUUGUUAAAACGAGUUCUUCAUCUCGUAUCCUUGAGAAUUUGAAUUAAUACAUAAAUAAGAAAUAAUAUGACUUUAAACUACAAGAUUACAUUUGCAGUUUUAAUUAUGGGUAUGAAGGUACUUGUCUCUAGAUUUCAAAUAUCAAAACUUUAAUUGUUUCUUCAAUUUUUCAACACAAUGUAGCACAUUAAUCUGGUGGAUCUAUGAUCGUGAUUGGAGAAGAAUCAUUCAUUUUAGCAUAUUGUACAAUUCAAAAUAACACUGCUUAAUUUGGCGGAGGAUUUGCCGUUGCUGAUUAAAUUAGUCAGAAUUUGACAAGAUUAGGAUCUGUGUUGAAUGAGAAUAAUGCAUUAAAAUUUGGAGCAAAUCAAGCAUAAUUACCAUCAUCACUGUCUAUAACAACUGAUACGAAGAAUGUAUUGGCAAAAGUGAAAAUCAUUGAAUAGAGUAAUUUACUAAUAGAAUAGAUUGAAAUAAAACCAUAUCAAGUAUUUACAAAUACAUAUUCAGAUGCUUUGUAUGUGCCAAAUGGAUAAAAGCUUUCAAAGUAUGAGUAUUUUGAUUGGAAGAAAGGUGAAUAUUAUCAAUACAAUUUGCAUUUAAGAAUUGUAGCUUUGGAUCCUCAAAAUGAAGUUUAAGAGAAUUUAAAUAAUACUUAUUGUGAAAUUAGCGGUGGAUUACUGAGACCUGAUGAAAUUACUGAAUUUAGUAACAAUUUCACUAAUAUGAAAAAUAUAAGUUUUAAUUCUACGGAUUAUAAUUUAGAUGACAUUAUAUUUUACUUAGAUGAUGAACUUAAUAUGACUUUAUAGAUGUAGUUUUAUUGCAAUUCAAUCUAUGUUCCAAUAUAUGGGGAACAGCAAGAAAUAAUCAGUUAUCACAAUAACUAUUACUUAAGAUUAAAUAUUAAGACAUUGCCUUGCUAAAUGGGUGAAAUAAAGAGAACUUCUGACUUAACCUGCUAGCCAUGUGAUUCAGAGUAAGGUUAAUAUUCUGUGAGUUUCAAUUCUCAGAAUUGUACUAUUAAAGAUGACUCAUCUACCAAAGAAAUCAAAUCAGCUCAAAUGAAUCUUAGACCUGGAUAUUGGAGACCUUAUUUCUAUAAUGAUCAGAUUAGUUCAUGUAUCAAUUUACUAAGCAACUGUUUGGGAGGAUGGAAAGAAGGAGAUACAUCUUGUUUUAUCGGACAUAUAGGUGCAUUAUGUGAAGAAUGUGACAUAUAUAACUUACGUGGAGAGGGUCACUUCUCAACAAGUACUAAGUAUUCUUGCAGUUCAUGUGCUGAAAAAGAUACCAAUUCAAUAAUUAUAACAGCUAUCAGUAUCUGGUAUAAAAUAAUUGAUCUACUUUUUUAGGACUUUGGUUUCAAUCCUGAUUUCAGUAAAGGGUACUGUCUCCUUGCUUGAAGAUAUUGCAUUAAAAGUGCAAGUAAAAAAGAUAAGGUUCUUCAUGUCAAUGUAAGAGUCCUAUUCUGGAAUUCUCAUCAAGAUGUUAACCAAUCAUCUGCAGAUCUUAUCCACUAUCACUAGUUUUAAAUUGAAUCUGCCCAGCGGAAUGGCAAGCGCAAUAAAUGCUUCCGGAAACCCUAUUUAAACUAUGACCUAUUCUCUUGACUGCUUCUUAAUGGAAAUGUUUUAUUUCAACAUCCAUUAUUCAAGAAUGAUUUGGUAGAUGAUUAUGCCAUUCAUUUACAUCUUUAUUUUCUUUCUAUUGUACUGGAUUGCAAUCAAAUUAAAGAAGGUUGCUUAUAGUGUAAGUGUAAUAACAACAACCUUCAUCUACCUGUAUAUAUAUCUUCAACCCAAUUUAGUAGGUGGCUUAAUUUCCUUGAUAUCCUUUAGGAAUAUCUCCAAUGUUAAGUGGAUUCAAGCUAAUGUUGCAUACAGAUAUGAUACUUUUUCUCAUUUUUUGUGGCUUUUAUCAUUUUGUCUUCCAGGCUUAUUGGUUAUAGCCUUCCUUAUCCCAUUUUUCUUUUAUUAUGCUUUGUACAUAAAUAAAGACAACCUUAAUGAUAAGAGAGUCAGGCAAUAAUGGGGAUAUCUCUAUAAUGAAUAUAAGACUGAUGUAUAUUUUUGGGAAAUUGUUAAAAUUGUGGAAAAGGAAUUGUUAAUUAUCUUUCUCUCUUAUUAUGAUGAAACUAUUGUCAAGAAAGGCAUCCUUGUAUUAUUGGUCGUUUAUAUCUACUUGGAACUCAAUACUAAAUUUAAACCUUAUUAAUCUCCUAAUUUAAAUAGAUUAGAUGCCUAUUCAGCCAACGUAUGUGAAAUCUCUAUUGCCCUUGGAAUAGGAAUCUAUGUUGAUUAAAUAUAUGGCUCCUUAGAAAUUUAAAUACCUUACUUCAUAAUCUUGGCAACUCUCAAUUUGUAUUUCCUCUUGCUUGUUUUGAAGGAAAUAUUACAAUCCUACAAAAGAGAUUUAGAAAUAUAAUUAGAUAAGGUUCGGGAUUUAGUUAGAUAAAAAGCACCUUGGACAAUGGAAUAUAGAUUUCUAAAUAAAGAACUUCAAAAUCGAUAAGAAAUGAGAAUCAGAGUUAAAUCAAGAUACCGAAAAAUUAGAGAAUACUUAAUGGAACAAGCAAAAUAAAUUCUAGAAUUCAAAUAAUAUAUAUAAGGAACUAAAACCUUUAAAACUGCCAAAAUCUAUCCUGAAUAAUUCAGUGAAUGUUCUUAACCAGAGUAAUCAUAUCUUUCUUAUUUAGGGAAAUUCAUAAAGAGCCAAAAUAGUUCAUUCAAGCUAAAGAGAGUUAAUCUAAUUUAGAUGAAUGCUUUGUUUGA